AUCUCGUGACCAUUAAAACCAUCAGUCUACCCAAAUAAAUGUCAGCUCCGCGUGCAUUGAAAAGAUUUCUGAUUACUUGUAAUAUUUUAUUGUCAUAUACCUAACUAAGAAUAUUAUGGUAAAAAGUGUAUCGAAUAUUUAGUGACAAUGAGUAAACCUUCGUUUCAACGGUCCGCCAGCACCUACUAUAAUACAAAUUAUCAAUAUACAGUAGUACAAAACAAGGAAAAUGAGGAAAGAAAACAAUCAUAGAACCAAUGUACAUAUUUCUUUGUUUAUUUUCCGGGGUUUAUGUACUGAUAACAAAACAUGUCUCGUGAUAAAGAUCAAUUUCCAAGUGUAUCGUAGUAUAAAACAUAGAUUAUACAACCUUGUUAUGGAACCUUGAAUAAACUAUAUGGAACUAAAAUGCAUGGGUCUCGUAGAGUCAUCACAUUCUGUUUAUUAACAGCAGUUCUGCCAACAAUACUCAUAGUACUGCCAUUAUAUCUCAGAAACAUGAGGUAUGCUGAUGUUUUGUACAGAAUAUCUGAUUCUGAUGUUAUUCAGAUUCACAAAGGCCAAUCCUCUAUAUUCUGUGAAAAGCAUACAUUGAGAAUGAACUCUACAUUUAAUGCAUUUCAAAUGAAAGGCAGGCCUGACCUUUCAGAAAGCAGAAAGCACAUAACAUUGAAAAAAUCAAUGACCCUUCCAGAUGAUACUUUGGAAUAUUGGGGUUUUUAUCUUUUUAGAGGUGCCACUGUAGAACUUAAAGCAUGUUCUCGAUAUGAAGGUGCAAAGAUAUUAGUGGUAAAAGGUGACAAAAAACUUAAUACUUGUGGAAUUUUAGAAGGUGACAAAUAUAAGAAGUCCCAACCUGUUGUUGGAAGCCAGGGAAAUGUUUUGGUGACUUUAGAAGAUCCAAAAGGAAAUAAAAAUAAAUUACAGGUGUUUCAGAAUAUAAAUGAAAACAUAGAGUGGUUAGAAAAUCAUGACUACAAUGACAAUAACACAAACAAUGAAAACGAAAUAUUUUCUUUUGAAAAAAAAUCUAGUGAUGAGACUAGACGAUUACACAUGAAGUUAAGAGAAAAAAGAAAUGCCAAACUGCAUAAUCCAAACACAGUAUUGGACACAGGGGUACAUCAUGGAGGUAAUGCUUUUAAUGGAACAACAAAUACUCUGCCAGACAGUGUAUCCAGCUUUGAAAAUACUUUGCAUGAGUGUUAUCGAAACAACAUACUUAUGAGCAAUUCAAAAAAUGCCUUCCCGUACUCAAUACAGUGCAAUAGCACUAAUUAUUUACAAAAAACUACUACCCUCAAAGUAAAACAUGAUGUUUUGCUUGAUGGAUAUUACUAUUAUAUUUUUUAUAGUGACAAUGAUUUUGUUUUGAAUGAUAUUCAUUCAAUAUUUGAUAUUUAUAAACCUACAUUCCAAUAUGUUAAUAUGUCUGAAUCAAAAGUUUGUAUAAACAAAACAGAAUGUGAGUUUGAUAUAGAGUUCUUUAGUGAUGAAUUAGUUAUUGUUGAAGUGCCUACAGAAGAUGGCCUAACUUUUGAAGAUGAUAAUUCUUCUAUUUUAGUAUCUGUGUGUCACCCUAGGGUGUCAGUAUAUAUAUUUUUCCCCAUUUCAGUUAUCUUGAUGAUUUUACUUUUUGCAUUUUUAUGAUACUUAUUGAAAGUAAUAUUCCAAUAUUUUAUAAUCAAAAUGAACAUUACCAGAAGUGUGAUAUUAAUUUAUUAAUGUUAAUUUAAGUAGGUAACAAUAACAAUCCAUUUAAUUAAGUAUAAAAAUUAUUAGGUAUAAGUAUUGUUGGUAAUAAAUUACAAAUAUUAAAAAUGUCUAUUGAAACAUUUAACUACCAAUUUUUCUGCCCCAUUAGGGAUUAAGGCGGUAUUAUAUGUUUGUAUGUCAAUAUAAACCUAUUGUACAAUUUAGGAGAUUGUCAAGACAGAUAAGGAAGUUGGAAUGGUUGUGUUGCCAUUUCAGUACUUAAUUAUUUACUACUUAAUGCCUUUGCUGUGCAUCAAACCAUUGCUUGCACGGAACAAUAUUACUAGUGCGGAGAUUGCAUGUUUCGUGGAAGCACUCUUCUGAGGUCAACCUCAAAAGAGUCUGCUUCGGAAGCCUAGGUAAGAUUUGAACCAGUGCCUCACUUACUGUUCGCAUAUUUAACUGACACUAUCCAUUCGAACACCGUCGCGGACACUUAGCCGCGGUCAAUAGUACCUACCUACCUACUUAAAAUAACUCAGAGUGCGCAAAUUAACAAUACACAUUCAUAAAUGCCUUUACCGAAUGGAUAUGUAAAGUUACUCAAACAAUGUACCGUGGGUUUAGUACGGAUGUUUACCUGAGUAUUCUGAUAUAGAAGGUUCGGUAAAUAAGAAUGCGUUUUCUUGGUUCGACGUGUAAAUGCUGUAGUUAUAUCUUUAUUUUAUCUGCUUAGCCUAUUUAUAUUUUGGCUGAACAAUAAAAGAAAAAAUGGUUACAGGCAAUAAAAAUAGGUAAGAACAUUUUUGAAAAGAUGUCCUCUAGACAAUAAGGGUAGGUAAAACAUUAAACGUUAAUUGCUGAACAGAUGUUCUCUGAGGUGGUCUAAGGUAGGGCAAGGUUUUGUCUGACCCAGGUAUAAAAUAAACUGAGGAUUGUUGGCAUGGGAAAGCAACAAAAGCCAUGGUCCGAUGGUAGCCACAACGCCUUACGGUUAAAAUAAUUUUUCAAAUCGGUUCUGUCGUUUUUGAGUUUAUUCUUUACAAACAUACAAUUUUCUUAUUAUUAAUAGUGUGGACUAGCUAGCGAGCUUCUUUCCUGUUGGAAUUUUCAGAGAAAUAAAGCAGUCAUGUAUGUAAUUGCUAAAGGCAUAGUCGGAAGAAGGUAGUAACAAGUUGGAAAAAGAUCCGCGUUCCCAGAUUUGCGAUAAACGCUUUAACUAAUAACCAGUUCUGAAGGCUAGUUGGUGGACUUGGGUGUUUUUCGGAAUAGUCACAUAUCCAUAGUUGAAUAAAAGCAACAACAUAUGUAAUACAUCGGUUCGGUAGUAUUGAAGCUCAAGCACUAUCGAUAGUAUCGGUACUAUUGCUGCUGACUAUUGCAAUAACUAUAAAAAAAAUCAAAAUUUUUAUUCAUCAUUAUAGGAAAGAAAGAAAGAAAAAUCUUUAUUUUUUUAGGAUACUUCAUAUCGCUUAAUAAUUGUCAAAACGUAUGGUUUAACAACAUUGGUUGACGUCAAAUCAAUAAUGAAAGCAAUACUAUCGAGGGAAGUUCACUAUCGAUUGGCUAAAACUCCACCCAGGUACUGAUGAUAUUAAAUGAGCAAAAAUGCAAAUGUUCCAAAUAGCUGUUUUGGAAGAAAUUGACAACCUAUGUACCUACAAUUAUACAUAUAUAGCCAUACGCUACUAUAAUGCGCACGGCGCAAUUUAACUACAAAAUAAACAAUCAGUUUAGGGACAAAUCAAAACGAUUGUAUUGUAACUAGGUAAAGUAGGAAGAACCAACCUAUUAUUAGAUACCUACUAAUAAAAUAAAAGUUGGUGCUUAUUUGUUUUUAGAACUUAUGUUUGCUGUCUUUUUGUAUGUUUGUACUUGCAUCAUGCGAAAACUACAUAUAUUACUACUACCUACUAUUGUUCAGAUUUGAAUGCUUUAAGGCUUUGUCCAACUGGGAUAUAAAAAUUUAUCUACCUAAGAAUUAAAUAUUGAAUUGUAAAUGAAAUUUUACGGCAAAGAAGGCGUGGGCAACAGGCAAAUAAAUAAAAUUAACAAGCUGAGAUCAUUUUUAGUUAUUUAUCAAAUGUAUGGUUUCGGUACAUUAUUCUUUCGAUACAAGUUUCCUUGGGAAUAAUAGAUUUUAUGUAUGAGUUACGUAGGUAUGUUAUGCCUGCCUACUUGUAAAAUAGGAACCUUAAUUACCAAACUUCGUAAAAGUCACUAAUAUUUCGAACAAAAUUUAUUCCAAAAAUAUAAUUAAUCCGAAAUGAACAUAAAAACCAUGUAGAAAACAAAUUUAAAAAGUAAAAUGCAAAAGCAAAUUGGGAAUUCAGGAUACAAUAAGGACCUGUCAAAAGAAAGUAAUAAAUGAUUGAGGAAAUUUUGAUUUAUUAUUUCCACAUAGUUGUGUCCAAAGUGCGUUUCAACAGGCUCAGGUAGAACUUCUGUAAACAAAAUUUAUAAUCAAAUUCAAUACAAAGAUUCAAUGAAAUUAAGGUUCCGAUCGGGAAUGGAGUGCUACAAUUCCAUGUAUAUCAAUAACAAUACAAUUAAUAUUAUUUCAUUAUAUUUAUUUAGUGUAUUACAAAAACAGUUACCAUAUUAUGUACAACUGGAGUGUUACAAUACAUUUGUUUCCUUCUAGAACUUUUGUGAUUGAAAUAGCCUCUCCAGUACCCGAUGAGACCCCUCUGCAGGCGGCAGAGGAGCCUGCGCGGAACGGGGGCCAUCCGGCCGAGCCGGUCUUACUAACUAUGUAUAUUAAACUUAUAUUGAUACGUCUAUUAUAUAAUGUAUUCAUUAAUUAAACUAAAACGAAAUAUAUCCGUCCAAAUAAAAUUAGUUCCAAUAAAAAAAAAUCGGCACAGCGGUAAUUAGGAGAUCUCUCCUAAUACACACAC